AGUGGUGCAGUGAGCCCCCAGAGGGGGGCGGCACUGAGCCCCUCGUUUCCCUAACCAGCAGCAGAACAAGAAGAAAAGAAGAAGAGGCGCUAGCUGCUGAAAGCUCUGAGGAAAGUUAUCGCACAUUCAGGUGAUGUCGUCUCUUUGUGGCCCGGGGGAGGGCGGUCUGCUGGCUGGCUUCACUCUGGAGGCGGUUACUGAGCGCACCAAACAGACGGACCGGGAGCACCCCCGCCUGCUCAUCCCGGAGCUGUGCCGUCUCUUCUACCAGCUGGGCUGGGUGACGGGGACGGGGGGCGGGGUCAGCGUCAGACACAGAGACCACAUCUACAUCGCCCCCUCAGGGGUCCAGAAGGAGAGGCUCCAGCCAGAGGACCUGUUUGUGUGCGACCUGGAGGAGAGGGAGGUCAGCAGUCCUCCUGACUGGAAGCAGCUGCAGAGGAGCCAGUGCACCCCCCUGUUUAUGAACGCCUACACCAUGAGAGGGGCGGGGGCUGUGAUCCACACCCACUCCAAGGCCGCCGUCAUGGCAACGCUGCUGUGUCCUGGCAGGGAGUUCAGGAUCACGCACCAGGAGAUGAUCAAGGGCAUUCGGAGGGGGACCUCGGGCUACAACUACAGCUACCAGGACACUCUGGUGGUGCCGAUCAUCGAGAACACGCCGGAGGAGAGGGACCUGAAGGAGCGCAUGGCGCGCGCCAUGGAAGAUUACCCAGAAUCCUGUGCGGUCCUGGUUCGGCGCCACGGAGUCUACGUGUGGGGCGAGACGUGGGAGAAGACCAAGACCAUGUGCGAGUGCUACGACUACCUGUUCGACCUGGCCGCCCAGAUGAGGCGCUGUGGGCUGGACCCCGCGGCCACGCCCACAGGAGAGGAGGGCAUCGUCUGACCUCAGCGCCCCAAUGAGCAGCAGCCGUGGACUGAGAGCAGCCAAUCAGGGACCACCAGAGGCCGUGUGAUGCCUGGGCUGACAGGGGGUCCGCCGGUGGACGCUGGGGUCUUACGGGUCUCAUCAGUCUUGUUUGGGUUUUGGACGCACGCCCUCGAAGCAGCUGAGCUGUGGAAGAGCCCCUGAGGACUGAGUGAGGCCCUCGGACCGGACGCUGUUCAGAUCCAGGUCAGCGCCGUACGAUCAGAGCGGGUUGGAGUCGGGGGUCAGAGGAAUAGAAAUAAAGGUUGAUUCAUACUAUGACAUGUUGUGUGUGUGACUUGACCUUUAACCUUUCCUGAAUUGACGAGUUCUUGUGUAGUUUGGAAGUCAUUUUGUUGUUCAUGCAGUCAUGACAUGUUCAUUACUCACAUUAACAUUUUGGUUACCCUUUAGUUUUAUGGUGAAGUUGGUCACACUAGGCUUUUAUCAAUAAAGCUAAAUCAGGAGUUAUGGGUUGACUAAUCAAUUGAUUAAUUAAGAGUUUUGAAGCUAGGAUUAGUCCACAUGACAACAGUGUGUUGGUUUCUAUUUGGGUGAGGUUGUGUUGUUGAACAGACCGGAGGGCAAGUUAGAGAGUGGGUAAUGACGUACGUUCUGCUAAACUUGUUAGUUCACGUAAACUAAGUGUUCCUGAUGGAUGAUAACCCCCACCCUGUUAGUCCAACCCUAGCCCCACCCUAACUCUUAAUGUUAGUCUAACCCCACCCCAACCCUAACUGUUUAAACAGCCAGAUGGUGGUGGUUGCUAUAGGGAAGUAGGUUACAGUGCUUCAGCCCCCAGGCUCCAUGUGACGCCCUUCUAACUAUUAUAACACCUCCUCUUCUAGCUCCUCCUCCUCUAGCUUCCCUCCUCUAGCUCCGCCCCUUCUAGCUCCUCCUCUUCUAGCUCCUCCUCUUCUAGCUCCUCCUAUUCUAACAUGUCCUCUUAUGCCUCCUCAAGGAGCUAGAAGAGAAACAUGCCUUUGUAAAAUGGUGUGUUCCUCAGAGCAUGUGUGUUUACGUUCCUGAGACUAAUAAAUCAGUGAAAGAUGCAGAGCAGCUAAAGUGCUGUGGUGGUUCCUGUAAAUCAAUAAAUUAUAUUCCGAUUGUAUUAAAGUGUUUGGCUGGCUUAUCUUCGGAGGAAAAAAAUAGGCUAAUUUCUGAACCAUAUUUUUAAGGAUAUUGAUUAAAGUGUAAACGUGUUUUGUGAUUUUUAGGCACAGUAAAAGCUUUGUGACAGGCCAAAUGGAGAUAUAAAUUAACAUUAUUGACAUUCAAACACUAGCAAUCUUAGAAGUGUCAGCGACGUCACACGUGGAGCCCUGGAGCGUAUUCCCAGCGCUCUGGUGGUGAUGCUCCUCAGGGUGUAGUGAAGCUAAUGUCACAGGACUGCUCCUGUAGGGACAGAAGAAUGGAAGGACUGAAUGCAGUAUUCAGAUCAGCGUGUAGGAAUACAGCUCAUAGACGGUCCAACAUGAGGCGUGUUGAUGGAGAUCACCGCUCCAUACAGACUGGGAGGACUGGGAGGGACUGGGAACACCACAACAGGUACCACCAUUAGCUACAGGGACCAGUCCCCUGGGGCCAGCGGCUGUGGACUUGAUCAUAAAAUCAGGGAAUUAAAAUGCAUUCUGUUUCAAUUGGACGAGCCGUCGACUCCCUGUGGCGACAAGGCUGAAGUUGGAUCCAACUGAAAACUCGAUGUGUACGUAUUAUAUUUAUAUCUUUGUGUAUUUAAUAUGUAUAUUUUAGCAAAACCUUUUUAUUUCAAAUACGUAUUUUGCCAUUUUCAGAUACCUGAUGUAAAAACUCUUGUGAUACAGCCGGUUUGUGUGGCGUUUACCAGCAUGCCUCAGUACGUUCAGAUUGUAUUAUUAAUGUUUGGCCUUCCUCUGGUGAAGGUCUUCCUAUCCUGAAGGUCUUCCUCUCUAGACAUGAAGGUCUUUCUCUUCCUCUGGUGAAGGUCUUCCUCUGCUGAAGGUCUUCCUCUCUAGACGUGAAGGUCUUCCUCUUCCUCUGGUAAUGGUCUUCCUCUUAUUGCGUUAUUUCUGGCAGAAAGUGGUCCAAUCCUUGGUCGCUAUUAACUCACUUUAUUUGUUAAAGUAGGCAUGUUUCGGUAUGGUAACUAUGAAGCUUAAGGUAGGGAAUUGUAUCUAACGCGUGUGAGGGACAAUACCGUGAGCUUCAAGCCCCGGGCUUAAGCCCGGUUCUCUCCGCGGUUACCUAUAGUCUCUGCCCUCUCCACUUCGAAUCACGCGCUAUUGCCCGUCCAGUGGGCGUGGCCUAUGUGAAGUGGGCGUGGCCUAGCCUCGGCUUCCUCACCUGUCUUAGGUGCUGCCUUCUGUGGAUGGAGUAGCUAUUGCAGCCUUCAGUACGGUCCUGCUCCCCUUGUGGCUAUGUACAGUAUUUACGGCUUAUAUGUUCGGUCCUGCUUCCUAAUGGCUAUCUGGGGGCAGCUUAUGUGCUUAAAAUACGUAACACUCUGGUGAAGGUCUUCCGCUCUAGACGUGGAGGUCUUCCUCUCUAGACGUGGAGGUCUUCCUCUCUAGACGUGAAGGUCUUCCUCUCUAGACGUGAAGGUCUUCCUCUCUAGACGUGGAGGUCUUCCGCUCUAGACGUGGAGGUCUUCCUCUCUAGACGUGAAGGUCUUCCUCUCUAGACGUGAAGGU